CCGCCCGGGGCUGUGCCCGCUGUGUCUCCGGCGCUGCCAUGGCUCCGCUCCGCUCCGGCCCGGCGUGGUGGCGCCUGCUGUCCCUGGCCGCGCUCGGCCCCGUGCUCUGCGGCCGCCCGGCGCGGGCCGAGCCGGAGCCGGAGCCGGGGCCGGGCGCGGCGGCGGCGGAGGAUCCGCACGGGCGGCACCUCUACAGCGCGGAGAUGCUGCGGCACGGCGCCGCCGCCGCCCCCCACUUCGUCAUGUUCUUCGCCCCGUGGUGUGGACAUUGUCAGCGCCUCCAGCCAACUUGGAAUGAUUUGGGAGAUAAAUACAACAACAUGGAAAACCCCCAGGUCUAUGUUGUUAAAGUGGAUUGUACUGUAGAUGUUCCACUGUGCUCUGAAUUUGGCGUGCGAGGAUACCCUACGCUAAAGUUGCUUAAACCAGGACAAGAACCUCUGAAAUACCAAGGCCCUAGGGACUUCCAGGCACUGGAAAACUGGAUGUUGGAGAAACUAAAUGAGGAGCCAUCUGACCCUGAAUCUGAUGUGGAACCACCAAAAGCCCCUGAACCUAAGCAAGGAAUGUAUGAACUCUCAGCAGACAAUUUCAAGAUGCACAUAGCAGAAGGUAAUCACUUCAUCAAGUUCUUUGCCCCUUGGUGUGGUCACUGCAAGGCUUUGGCCCCAACCUGGGAACAGCUGGCUCAAGUCUUUGAGCAUUCGGAAGCUGUCAAAAUUGGUAAGGUCGACUGUACCCAGCAUUAUGAAGUCUGCUCUGAAACCCAAGUUCGUGGUUAUCCCACACUCCUCUGGUUUAGGAAUGGUGAAAAGGGUGACCAGUACAAAGGGAAGAGGGAUUUUGAUUCUUUAAAAGAAUAUGUGGACUCCCAACUACAGAGCUCUGGGAAAGAGCCACCAGCAGAUAAACCUGUUGAAGCCCCACAGCCACCUGCAGAGCCCACCCAUGUUGAGGUGCAAGCUGCAGUGCUCUCUCUCUCUGAAAAAGACUUUGAUGCAACCAUUGCUAGGGGGAUCACCUUUAUUAAAUUCUACGCUCCAUGGUGUGGUCACUGUAAGAACUUGGCUCCAACCUGGGAGAACCUUGCCAAAGAGCAAUUUCCAGGUUUGACUGAUGUCAAAAUAGCAGAAGUGGACUGCACUGUGGAGCGUAAUGUCUGCAACAGAUUUUCUGUACGUGGUUAUCCUACACUUCUGCUUUUCCGAGGUGGAAAGAAAGUCAGUGAACACAACGGAACAAGAGACCUUGAAUCACUGCAUAACUUUGUCUUGCGUCAGGCAAGGGAUGAACUGUAAUAAAAGUCUGGAUGCUCUGUC